GGGUCACCAGCUUGCUGUAUGUUGCCAUGAAUGGCGGUGCUUCGGCCCUGCAGCGCUGGCCGCCCUCCAAGAGGUAGCAGACGCCGUUGGAGGCAACCAUUAGCCCUGCUUGUCAUCGGCUGCACCCUGUGCCAGGUGUGCCAAAACUUCGUUGCGCCGAGUGGAAUACGGCCGCCUCGUAUCAAUGUCUGCUGCCAGGCCGUACCACCGCCAGGAGAUGAGAAGAGCCGUGCAUCUUCUCGGUCCCUGGUUUUCCUUGCUGUGAAGGAUGCGAUCUAUGCAGCUCUUUUUGGAGCUCCAUAUGAUCCUCCCACAUCCAGUGGCCCAUUUGAUACGGUCACCGGUGCGCUCUCCAACUUCACAUCUUCCGCAGCCAGCGGUGCUGCUUCUGGAGUCAAGGCAGUUGAAGGUGCUACAGGCUCCCUGGUCAGCUGGGGACUUUCCAAACUUCAUGAUUUGGGAUCAUUCCUACAUAUUUCAGGUGGAGGAGAUCAGAGAGAGGAGACGGAGGUCUCCGAAGUCGAAGCAAUUGAAACUCCGGAACCAUCGAGUUUCCCACCUGCACCACCAGCCCCGGCACCGCUGCCGGUGCCAGUGGUGUCUGUGCCAACCAUGGCAGAGGCAGAUGCCUUGAUACCUUUAUUUAAUGAUGGAAGUGGAUUGGGAGCGGAACCUGGUGAUUUCUUUCUGUUUAUCAAGGACUAUAGCUGGACACUGCGCUACCGGGUCAGUCGGCAGGAAGAUUCUGUGGACACAGAAAGGCCUUUGCUGCUCGACUGGAUCAAAUUGCGGCGGCCUGUUCAGAAGCCUUCCCAGUUGCUGGAGAUUCCGAGCUCUGACCUCUUUGAGUGGGACGUUGUGGAGCCGCCCAGACACAGUGGUUUCAUGUACCAGGUCACAGAAGUUGUGGGUUCAGGAGUGGAGGCCGUGAUCAACUUCUUCAAGGAUCGUGGGCCAAAGUUGCUGGUGCAGCAGGAUGGAGUGAGCUUGGUCAACGAGGAGGCAGAAGCACCUGGCAAGCCAGUGACACAUUGUUGGGUUCAGUGCUUGGGGCUGCCUUUCCUGCCGGUGCUCCAGUACAUUGCCUUUCUCAAUGGAGAUGAGAUUGUGACUGACUGGCGGGCCUGAUGAAUGAGGUGCUGAGCUGGGUUCGGUUGAGACAUUCCGAAUAUUUUUCAACUCCGAUGUACAGAAUUCCAUCACUUUCUUGCAACUGCCUUGAGUUAAGUGAUUGGAUGUCCAGAACACACUGGGUGUUUGGGGCACAGGAGUAAUUCAUGGGCGGUAGUCUUUUGCGCGAUCCUGGCUUCGGGAUACAGCAACGCCUUCCCUCUGCCGAAUGCCCCGUGGUCACUGUGGUGACAUGGUUCCUUUAAGGAUUCAUAGCGGACUCUGACAUUUGUGCAUAAACUUGGAGUCUGAAUUUUGGCCAGCUAUAUCGCGGCCAUGCCCUUUGUCAAGUAAGUCUUUGGUAACAAAAGCCAAAAUGUGCCCUGGGAAAGUGGAGACAUGAAC